UUCAAGUGAUUUCCGGCGGCUGAGAGUGCGGUGGCGGGAAGGAAAGCGAAUGUCCGGUGACGCACAAUGGCUGACACGUUAGAAUUUAACGAUAUUUAUCAGGAGGUCAAAGGAUUUAUGAAUGAUGGACGCCUACGUUUAUCCAAGGCAGGCCUUAUGUACAAAAAUAGCAAAACUGGAAAAGUUGACAAUAUUGCAGCAGCUGACUUGUCAGAAGGAAUCUGGCGUCGUGUGGCACUUGGAUAUGGCAUCAGACUUUCAACACGUGCAGGUCAUGUGUACAAAUAUGAUGGUUUCAGGGAGUCGGAGUUCGAAAAGCUUUCCGACUACAUCAAGAUUCAUUUUCAGGUUGACUUAGUGGAGAAGGACAUGUGCGUAAAAGGGUGGAACUGGGGUUCUGUGAGGUUUGGAGGACAGCUGCUAACCUUUGAUAUUGGAGAACAGCCAGCCUUCGAACUGCCUCUCAGUAAUGUGUCUCAGUGCGCCACAGGCAAGAAUGAGGUGACUUUAGAAUUCCACCAGAAUGAUGACUCUGAUGUCUCUCUUAUGGAGAUUCGAUUCUAUGUUCCUCCAACACAGGAUGAUGGUGGUGACCCUGUAGAGGCAUUUGCUCAAAAUGUGCUGUCCAAGGCAGAUGUGAUUCAAGCAACAGGUGAUGCAGUUUGUAUAUUCCGAGAAUUACAAUGCCUAACUCCACGAGGUCGCUAUGACAUUCGAAUCUACCCCAGUUUUCUUCACUUGCAUGGAAAAACAUUUGACUAUAAAAUUCCAUACACAACAGUUCUACGUCUGUUCCUUCUUCCGCACAAGGACCAAAGGCAGAUGUUCUUUGUGAUCAGUUUGGACCCUCCCAUUAAACAGGGACAAACUCGUUAUCACUUCCUAAUCCUACUUUUCUCCAAAGAUGAAGAAAUCAGUUUGACCCUCAAUAUGAGCGAGGAGGAGGUCGAGAAACGAUUCGAAGGAAAGUUGAAGAAGAACAUGUCUGGUUGUCUGUAUGAGAUGGUUAGUCGUGUCAUGAAGGCCCUGGUGAACCGGAAGAUCACUGUGCCUGGAAACUUUCAAGGGCACUCUGGAGCUCAGUGCAUCACAUGUUCUUACAAAGCUAGCUCAGGACUGCUGUAUCCUCUGGAACGAGGUUUCAUAUAUGUUCACAAGCCACCAGUUCAUGUCCGGUUUGAUGAGGUGCAAUGUGUAAAUUUUGCCCGUGGUACCACGACAACACGAUCCUUUGACUUUGAAAUAGAGACCAAACAAGGUUCACAGUAUACUUUUAGCAGCAUUGAAAGAGAAGAAUAUGGAAAACUAUUCGACUUUGUGAAUGCCAAGAAACUCAACAUUAAAAACAGAGGCUUGAAAGAGGGCAUGAAGCAAGCAUAUGACGACUAUGCAGACUCAGAUGAUGACCAGCAGCACGAUGCUUAUCUGGAGAGGAUGAAGGAAGAAGGCAAAAUCCGAGAGAAUGCAGACACAGAUGACUCUGGAGAUGAAUCUGAUGAAUCAUUUAACCCAGGAGAAGAAGAAGAAGAAGUUGCAGAAGAGUUUGACAGUAACCCUUCUGCAAGCUCAUCAAGUGCUGACAGUGAUGAGGAUCAAGAAAAGCCAGCAAAGAAACCCAAGGAAUCCAAACCUAGUAAGGAGAAAAAGCCACGCAAGAAACCAGAGGUAACUAAAGUCAAAGACCCAGCAGCGCCAAAACGCCCAAUGUCCGCAUAUAUGUUGUGGUUAAACGCUAGUCGUGAGAAGAUAAAGGGUGAUAAUCCCGGGAUUAGCAUUAUUGAUUUAUCUAAGAAAGCUGGAGAAAUAUGGAAGGGGAUGACCAAGGAGAAGAAAGAGGAAUGGGAUCGUAAAGCUGAGGAAGCAAAGCGUGACUAUGAGAGAGCUAUGAAAGAGUACAACAAAAAUGCACCCUCUGACGUCUCAAAAAAGGAGAAGAAACCAAAAGGGGAGAAGAAGACCUCAGGGGAGAAGAAGACCUCAGGGAAGGCUGAAAAGAAAAAAUCUGCGAAGCCUGCCUCUCCUGCAAGAACACCUGUUAAAACCAACACCGUUAAGAGCAAAGAGUUUGUAUCCAGCGAUGAGAGCUCUUCAGAUGAAAGCACACAUAAAAAGGUUAGGCUUCAGAUAGAAGAAGGUUCAGAUGAAGAGAUGGCCAGUACUCCUCCGAGUUCUAAUGAUUCAGAUUGAUUACUUACAGACUGAGUAGCUAUUACACUUCCGCAGAAUAAUAAACUGUCUCUCUAAAUCAAAAUUAGGCUUGUGGGAGAUGAGUGCGGUAGAGAGAACAACGUGUAUAUUUGUAUCCCUGAAGCUACAAGCAUAAGCCUGUCCUCUGUGGGAAAACUCCAUCUCGUCUCUAAAUUUCUCACUCGCCAUUCCUUGUCAGUGUUGU